CUUGCAUCUGAUAGUUUUUUCAUUCUACGCGACGUAUGCACAUACUUCUGCGUAUAUUUUGUCUUUUUAUUUUACAUUUCACAAAUACUCUACCGGAAACAAUGCAAGGUAAGAAGGGUGUAUUAUAUUUUUAUCAAUAUUAAUGUUAACUUCUCUCAGCUUAUUGAAUAUCUGUAAUCAAUCCUUAUAUUAUAUUAUACGUAUAAGACGUGUUUUUAUUAACUUCAUUGUUAUUUUUUUUUUUUUUUUUUAUAGAUUAUUAUUUCAUUUGUGUUAUUUUUUGUUCAAUCUUGACUGUAUUCGCUAAUCAAUCAACACAAGUCCAUAAUACUCGUACUUCUGGAAACGUAAAAUUACCACCGCCUAUAAUAAUCUAUAAAAAUGCGCCGGAUUUCGAUGUUUUCAGUUGGAGGUUAUGCAAAGUACUACCUAUAUAUUUUCGUAAAUAGAAUAUCCGAAUAUUAGGUGUCCAAUAAGUUAAUUUUAAUUGUUAUUAUUGAAUUGAUCCGAUUGAUGAGUAGGCUUUGCAUGAAGUCGAGAAAACCAAUUCAGUCAUAUCUACCAUAAGUCUGAAACUGGUGCUUUUGAUGCUUUACGAAGGAGCACAAGGAAACACAUCCAGACAAUUGGAACGCGUUGUCGGAUUUAACGGUUCCAAACAGUGGACAAGAGAUCGAUACUCGCAAAAGAUAAAAUCUUUAAAAGUAAAUUUUUAUUGUGAUUUGAUAUAUUUAUUCGAUUUUAAAAAUCAACUUUGGGUCUUAUGAUCACUGAAUGAUAAUUUUGUAGGACAUAUAAUUCUACUAAAAUUUGGGAGUUAAAACUUGAAAGUUGAAAACCCUGAAAUGGGUAUUCUUGAUACAUAUUACAAAAAAUGUCAUACCUUUAUUCAAAGCCUUAAAAUACACUUGUCUCAAAACAAAACGGUGAAAUCAAUACCGAAAUUCAACUGAACUUUUAUUACUUCAACCCGCAUAUAAAACAACUCUAAUUUAAACUCAUUUGAUUCAGAGAGAGCCGCUAAAAGUAUCCAAAAGUAGCGGAAAAAAGAUAAACACAAAUUACAAUGUAUAGACUACAUUUUUAAGGAAAAUUAGACAAAUAUACAAGCUAAAUUAAUUUGAAUAAAACAAUACAUACAUAUUGAAUUGUUAAUUUAUUAAACGCAUUUCACUGCGUUAUAUCUAAAGUUUAGGCAUGCCUAUAUACUAAUACCCAUGUAUUUUUUAUAUCUAAUAAUAUGUUGAUUUAUGAAAAUGUAUAUUUUAAUAAGUACAUAUUAUUGUACAAUUAGAAUAGAAUUUAUUACCUUAAAGAAACCUUGAACUACCUAAAAUAAAUUUUAUGUUUAAUUAAAAAAAAAAAAAUUCACUUAAACAGUACAUUCUUGAACACAAUAGUUAUAAUGGGUCUUUAAUAUAAAUUUAAUUUCAUUAAAUUUUGGACAAGUAAAACGUUAAAAUUAUAUUAUUAUUAUUUUUUUUUUUUUUAAAACUAAAAUUCAAAUAAAUUUUUUUUUCAAAAAGUGGAUUUUUUUGAAAAUACCGAUGUAUCCAAUAUCGAUAAUUGGAUAAUCAGUUCAAUACUUAUAAGUUCUACUAUAUUUGUUCAAUAUGAUGAGGGGAGGGGUAAAUUGUAUUUAUGCAGGGUGAUAUACUUCACGUAAGACACUCAUUAUUUCGGAAAGUAUCAACUUUUUUUGGAGUUUGUUUUUACAAGUUAAUACUUUCCAAGAUAAUGAGUGUUUUACGAUAUGUUGAUUAGGGUGAUCAACGUAAUAAAAAGUAAAUUUAUUUCACGAAUUUUCAAGCGAUAAAUUUGUUUUCCUGAAAAAAAUACACAACAUAAAAUUGAAAGAAUGAUGACCAGAGUGAUCUAAUCUGAUAAUGAUAAUUUAUCGUGCUAAUAUCAUUGGAAAUUUAAAUAUAAAUAAUUGUUUUUUUUUUGAAGUUUAUUAGCUGUAUAAACUAUAUAAUUAAUGCUUACCAACUUAUUGGACAUAUUGGUUCAACACUUUUUUUUAAAUAUUAAAAUUAUUUUAAAUAACAAAUAAAUUAAUAGAUAAAUGUUGGUUUAAAAUAUAUUUGUAUACCUAUUGUAAAUUAAUUAUUAAUUUAUUUUAUUUUAUACCUUGUUUUGUAUAGAGCCACGAUGCGAACGAUUACGAAUUGGAUAUGGGUACGAAAUUGUUUAUGGAUCAACACGUUCAACCUAAUACUCAGUUUUUAGAAACUAUUAUUAGGUGGUAUAACUCGAGUUUCGAAAUAGUAGAUUUUAGAAAUCCCGACAGUGCUGUAAUUUCAAUAAAUAAUUGGGCCAAACAAAUUACCCACGGACAUAUUCAGCAAUUGUUAACCGAAGGUAUAAUAACAAUACAUACACCUAUAAUUUUUUGUUUCUUCUAAAUGCCCUGAGGUUUUAUUAUUUAAACUACUCAAAGGUCUUUUAAGGCUUUAGAUAUAUGUAUAAUAAUGUGUAUGUACAUUUUACACAAUAGAUAAUUAUGUAUACUAUACAAAUUGAUGAAUUCACACUUUCAAUGAAGUGGCUUCUGCCCUUAAUCUAAAAAUUCAAUUUUUAACUAAAUCACAUGGUUUUAGACGUUUAAGUCGUUGGAAUUGUAUAAUAUUAUACUAAUAAUUUGAUGGACAUUAGAUUAAUAUAGUGAUCUAGCCUCGUCUAGUGUUUUCGAGCAAACUUUUUGUUUUCGUCUGCUAUUGUAGGUACUAGACAGCAUCAUAUCGCGGUGAAUUACAUCGUUUCUUUCAAACCGGUAUGCUGCUGGGAUGGUUCAAAGGGCGAUGUUUUCACAUUAUUGUAUUACAUCAAUGUUAGACUUACUGGCAUAACCUUCCAGUUUAAUUUCACAAGUCCAAAUUGGUUACAUAAUAGCUAUACAUAUAAAGUAGACGUUCGUUUUCCAUAGUUAGCUUGGAGUGGGAUAAGACUAACCAAAAGGACUUUCGUAUAUUUUCUUUAAUCUGUAUUUUUUUUCGGACGGAUGUGGUGUUUUCAGUUUAAAAGUGAGUCGAGGUGCGUUCCAAGAUAUUUUGCUGAGUUUUUCUUUUGGAACGCGUCUAAUUGAGUUUAAGAUAUUUUAGAUACUUAUGUUUAUAAUAGUGGCGUAAUUCACUAUUUGUUCCAGUCUAACUUUUAACGUGUAGACUUGUUUUAAUCGAAAUUUCAAUUGGUUUCUUGUUUUUAGGUUUAAAAUGUUAAAAUUUCGAAUAAUGUUUCUUAUACAUUUUUUCACAUGAUAGUAAUUCGUAGUGAAAAUUUCGAUAUUCUUAUUUCCGACCAAUUUUCACGACUUUCAAUACAAAAUAUUCAACUUAAAUUUCAUGAAAAUGUGUAACUAUUGCUUUGUAAGUAUGAUGAAAGUUUUAAUACCUAUUAAAUAUAUGGUGAUAUUUGAGUAAAUUGAGACAAUAUUUUAUUUUAUUUUUGGUAAAUAACUCAUAUCUAUCAGUCAGCGAACUCGGUAAAUGUCCCACAGUCCAUCAACAAUUGAAAUGAAGUUACCACUCAGUGGCAUCAUUUGUCUUGAGAGGAGAUAGACAAUUUUUAACAAUUUUACAGAAGGUAAAUUGUCAAUCAAAACAUACAACUUCACUAUGAUGUUUGAGUGGGAAAUGUUCCUAUUACCCCUCCUCCUUGGACCCUCCACUUACAUCGAAUUCCGCAAAUGUGUUUUAAUCAAUUUUAAGUUGUAGUCAAUACGGGUAAUGUACAUAAUACUUUUAAAAAAAAAUAAAGGCCAAGGGGUUUUAAACAUACAGAUCUCCCUCUUUAUGAUUACGCCACUGAUGCCACUGUACGUAUAUAAUAUAAAUAUAUUAUAAUAACAAUUAAUAUAAUAUUCGUAUUCAUUUCAGCGGAUACCAAAGAAAAUACGGCUCUUGUUUUACUGAAUGCAGUAUAUUUUAAAGGUUAUUGGACAUAUCCGUUCGAUAAAUUGCUUACCAAGGAAGGCGUAUUUUAUCUGAAUUCCGAAUCGACCGUCAACGUAUCAAUGAUGAUUACUUUGAAUAGUUUCAAAAUAGCUAACCUACCUAGCCUUAACUCUCGAUUAAUUUGUUUGCCAUAUCAGGUAAAAUGUGUGAUUAUUUUCAUAAUAUAAUGCUCAUAGGUAUACUGCAGCAUAUUGAAUAACAUUGCGACAGUUUUCAUGAAAAUUUUAAUAUUAUUUGUAUUGCAGGGUAACAAAUUUGUGAUGUAUAUAAUAUUGCCGGAUAACAUCGACGGUUUAAAUGAUUUAGUCAAUCAAAUUAAUCCAGUGAUACUAGGUGACACGAUAAAAACCAUGCAGUCAUAUAUGAUAAAAGUUGUGUUGCCAAAAUUCAAUUUUGAGUAUACGUCGAUUCUCGGGCCGAUAUUACAAAAGGUUAGCUGUUUUUCGAGUGCUCAUUAUGUUUUUUUUAAUACUAAAAUAUUUUAGUUUAGAACUCAAUUUCAUUAUAUAUUGGCAUCUUACUUUGAUACUUCGUAAAUAUGUAAACUUUUAAUAAUAUUGAAUAUUUUAAUUGUUUGUAAUAUUAUAUUAAUCAUGUUCGAUAUAGUUGGGAAUAACUGAUAUGUUCGGAGUGAAAGCUGAUUUAAAAAACAUAGGAAUCGGGCCAAUGGGUAACAAUCUCAUAGUGUCAAAUGUACUUCAAAAAGCCGGACUUGAAGUAAACGAGCAAGGAAGUAUCGCGCACGCUGCUACGGGUUAGAUAUAAAAUAAUUGAUAAUAACUAUCAUAUUGAAUUUAGGUGAAAUUGACGAAUGUUUUAAUUAAAUCAUAGAAGUUGAAUUGGACCAUCGAAUUGGUAUAUCGGUUGAAGACAUUUUCGAAGUUAACAGACCUUUUUUAUUCCUAAUAGAAGAUAUUACAAUGGACACCAUAGUAUUUGUUGGGAAAGUGACGAAUCCGCUCUCGCGAGGACCAACAACUGUUCCUAUUCCGUUGAAUAAUCAAUGAAACGUAUAACAAUCAUUUUAAUGUAAAGCGUAGGUAUAAAAUAUGCAAAUAAUUAUUGUAUAGUUUCUAGUUUUUCAAAAAAAAAAAAAACUAUGUUCCAAACAGUUUUAACUAUUUUUAUAUUGACCAGAAUAUCCGUUUACGCGGUUAAAAGGUUGUUAUUAUUACUUUUUUAAAUUUAAUAUUUGAUUUAGUCUAAAUUACUUAGUCCAUAUUUGAAUAUUUGAUUACAGGUUGUAAUUAGAUGUACACUAUUAUUUAAAAAUCAUUUUGAAAACUACAAAGUUAAUAUGCUUCAAAAAUAUUUGCAUUGUUGAAUCAAGCGAUGGAAAUUAUUUUAAAGUUUAAGAUAAGCAAAAUAAUGAUAUUCAUUCGGUUGAAUUUACUGCCAGUGCUCAAUUUAAAUUCUCCUAUGAUAUUUUUAGAAGGUUUUUACCAUUAACGGGAAGUUAGAAAGAAAAUGAUUAAUUUUAUUACUUAUUCGUUAAAGAAAUAAUUUGAUACAAAUUGUGAUGAAAAAAAAAUACUUCAAGUAGGUAUAUGAAGGAAUAGUAAACUAAUAUUGAAUUGGUUUUAUUCGGAUCAUUGGAUUUAUUUUUUAGAUACAAAUUAAAAUCGUUGUUCAGAUACAAUUGUACUUAAAUACCAUGAUAUAACAUUAUAUUUUUAACGAAUCAUGUUGUUUAUUGUAAUUGUGUGGAACAAAAUAUAAAUAAAUAUAAUUAU